CCAUCCCAGAAUGCAUCUCGCUGUCAGCCGGUUGAAAUGUUAGUCUGCCUGAAAAGAAUGGGUACAAUCUAAAACCAGUGGAAUUAAAUUGACGGAUCCGAAACAUUCAGGUGCAUCAUGUGGUCUCGCGUGGGUCUGUUGGGCUCAGUGGCCCUCGGGUCGAUGUUCUGCUCCCAGAAGAAUAAAACAGAACCAUCUUCAUAUGAGCUUAAAUUAAUUCAAGUUUUGUUCAGACAUGGUGCAAGAACACCACUGAAAUCUAUACCUGACGUGUUGGAGGCACAAUGGGUUCCUGAGCUACUGAAAGCUCCCACUCACACUGAAAUAGACUAUAUGGUUACAGACCUGCAUGGAGGGCCCAGACCCCCAGCUCCUGUAGAGGACAGCUACAGAGCCAAAAUAUUGACGGGUGGAACUUAUCCAGGGCAGCUGACCACAGUAGGCAUGCAACAACUCUACGAUCUUGGAGUGAGGAUGCGAAAGAGAUACAUGGAGGAAGUGCCCUUCCUCGCACCUUCUUUCAACCCUAAAGAAGUUUACAUUCGUUCAACCAACAUUGUACGCACCAUUGAGUCAGCCAAAUGUCUUGUCGCAGGACUGUUCCAGCAGGAGCAAGCAGAUGUUGUGUCCAUCCAUACUGAAAAGGCAGAGAAGGAAAUCCUCUACCCCAACUAUCAUGGAUGCAAUCUGCUCAAGCUACUCUCUGGUCCUCGCUGGGCAGAGUCAUCCACAAUUCCAGACAUUGCAGCUGACUUGCAAAGCGUCCAGAGUGCAUUAGGGGUUGAUCCUGAUCAACGUCUUGACUUCAUCCUCAUUAGAGACGACAUGGUGGCCAGAGAGACCCAUGGCCUGCCAAUUCCUACAGUUCUUGAGCACUGGAGGAAUAUUGUUGAGCAGAGAGCCGUAGAUAUGAUCAAUCACAUCUAUGAGCCGAGUAAGAGGCAGAAUUUACAGAUCUGUGUGGGUCCUCUUUUCCAAUUACUCCUAACUAAUAUAGAGGACAAAGUUCAGGGCACAACCUCUAAUCCAGACAGAAAGUUGUUCCUGUACUCUGUGCAUGAUACUACAUUGAUGCCAUGUCUCAUGGCCUUUGGGGUUUUUGACAUGAAAUGGCCACCGUAUGCUGCUGACAUCACACUGGAGCUUUACCAGCACCGUCAAACUAGCCAGCACUACGUUAAAGUCUCUUACAUUGGUCAGGACCAAAAAAUCCCAGGCUGCAAAGAUGUCUACUGCCCACUAAAUGAGUUUAAGGAGGCAGUGUCUGUUUACUCUCUACCUGAUGAGCAUUACCAGGCCCUCUGCAACAGUACAGAAGACCAUCCCAAACUCUGAUAUUCCAUUGGCUCUCAAGUUUGACUUUUCACCUAGAAAACGCACAAAUGUAUCAUCAGUGUAAGCUUCUCUGGAGCUGUGCUUACUUCAUGGAUUCACAUGUUCAUAUUCACAAAUUAGCAUCAGAAGUCUUGUUUAAGUUUUGCUUAGUCCUUUCCUAUUGUAAAGGAAUACUAGAUCAUGGCCAAAUGUACACGGAAAUGUAUGCAUUUUCCCAUUUAUUUGUAAAUCAAAUUCUUGCCCAUGGCAUCACAAUAUUAGGGGCAUUUUCCAGCAAGAAUAUUGACGUGUGAAUCAGAGUACAACUAUUCAAGGGAAAUGGGAGUUGCAUUGGUGCCUUCAUUAAUGUCAGUCCAUCUGAAUUUGGUACAGAUCUUGCCACAAUGUCACAUUCUUUUAUCAGUGAUGGUUAUUUACUAAUUUUAACAUCAAAUUAAGUGGUGUUAAAGUCAAAAAUAAUUAAUAAUUGCAGCCUUUUAUCUUUCAUAUUCAAUGCUGAUAUACAUAUUUUGA